CAGAUGGUGAGAUAAGGACAGACAGAGAAAGGUCUUGACUUAGCUAGUACUUAAAUCUACUCAUUGUCCACUGAACAAGGAAACCCGACAUGAAUGCUAUGGAAUGGAUGCAAACUCUUCUAAUCUCAGGACUGUGUAUCCCGUCCUUCUGUGCCGACUACCGCCAACACUGUUUGAUUGAAACCCCCAAAUCCUGGUUUGAUGCCCAGAGCUACUGCCGAGAGAGAGGCUAUGACCUGGCCACCAUUGACGACAUGGGGGCAAUGAAGUCUCUGCUGGGCUUGAGUGCAGACAAGGCUCAUGACGAGCUGUGGAUCGGCCUUCAUUAUGGGGGUCAUAAAGAGUGGCGUUGGUCACUGGCAGACAAAGACUUCUACCAAGAGGGAGGGAGAAAGUACCGUAAUUUCGAAGGAAGUAGCGAAACUGAAAUGUUUGUUCGACAACAUAAUGGAAAGUGGUACACUGGUGGAAUUUGGACCCAAUUAUUUUUCAUCUGUUAUGAUGGUAACAGAAAAGGUGGAGAACGAUAUGUCUUGGUGAGCAAGGCAAUGUCCUGGACCGAUGCACAGGUGUACUGCAGGAGUACCCACACAGACUUGGUCAGCAUCAGGAACCCAGAGGAGAACCAGGCAGUCGCGACGGCAAUUGAUGAAUUGAAUGUCUGGAUCGGCCUAUUCAAAUAUGGAGAACACUGGUCGGACGGGCGCAACUCCUCCUUCAGACUUUGGAGUCCCGAUUUCGGUGUUCUCCUCCCUCAAAACUGCGCUGUGAUGACUGGCAGGACUUCUGGAAGAUGGCGCCAACGAUCAUGUGAUGAGUUGCAUCCGUUUCUCUGUACCUGUACUAGGAAGCGGGUUCUCAAGGUGAAGGUGCGUUUAGAGGACAUCCAGGAACUGAACGACCCUGCCAUGAAUACUGCCAUCUUGAAUCAAACCCAACAGUUGCUGAACGAAGCGACUUUGAGCAACCACCAUAAGAUGGUGUGGAAAAGCAAUUCUGAGGGUCAGGUCUUCACCAAGGAGCAGUGUCAGGAGGACCAAGAGCAAGAGCAAGACUUCUGUGAUACUGUAUAGCCUCACAAAUCAGCAGAUUCAUGCCUAAAGUCUGUGGGGACAUCGAGUCUGGAUGAAAGGAGAUCCCUCUACUUUUGUUCUUUUUGCCCGAUUUUCAUUUAGUAAAACAUAAAUCCCGAGAGUGAUGAAUAGUCAUAUUUAUAAAAUAAGUUUACAUUGUGUAUCAUUUCCAUUGAUAAGACAACUAUAUGUAAGGAUGAAAAGCAUAUAUGUAAGUGGACUAGAGACACAAUUAGUUUUAUCUGUAGGGAUCAUGAAUGCCAAAUUGGGUCACAUAUCUCCUACCUUAAUGAUGUGAUUAUCUAGGUUUUCUGGAUGCAAUGGAUCCAGUGUUUUAGGGUAAAACAAAUAUAUAAGAGUGAUGCUGUUUCUUGAAUGAAUAAUCCUGUGUUUGCUAUACAAGACCAAGACUUCAGUUUGAGUAGCUGUCUGAGGGAACAAAAGAAGGGUUAGCCUAAAAGAGUAUAUGAGGCUCAGCUUCUGAGCAGCAUGUUGGCGCUUCAGAGACGGCUCAGGGACACAUGUCCGCUCCACAUUCAGGUUCAGGGCUUAGUUGACUUUGCAUGCUUUAACUUUGUGAAGCACUAGUUUUGAUUAAGUCUUUGACCAAAAAAAUAGAUCUGACCAUUGGCUAAGUGUUCAUUUAAUUGGUCUUAUUUUGAUGUCCAACAUGCAUCAUAUGUCAUUUCUGCU